CCCGCCCUGCGGAAUUGGUUCCUCCUUCGCCGGGAGGGGAAGCGCGGGGUGAGUGCCGGGGAGCGUGAGCAGUGCCCUGCUGGGGACAGCCCUGCGGGGGCAGCUCUGCGAGAGGCACCGCCAUGGCCCGGCAGGAGCGGGAGAAGAGCGUGGCGGAGCAGAAGGUAGCUGACAUCUCCCGGAGGUUCUCCUUCCUGGAUGCCGCCCAGCCCCGAGCGGGCGGCCUGGCCCGCAGCUCCCAUCUCUGGUCAGCCACCCUGGGGAGCAGGGAGCGUUUCCAUACGCUGCAGAAGAUGGACACCAACAGAAGCAUCAACUGGGGCAGGCACAGCCUGGGGAGCUGGGGUAGGACUUCAGGCAGGUUCUCCGUUAGCCCCAGCAGUACCCGGAGGAAGGAGCUGAAAGAAAUCCUCCUGCAGAGCAACAGCCCUGGCAGCACUAUGCGGUUUGCCACUGUUCAGCAGACAUCUAGAAGGAGCAGUCUUUCUGCAGGGCUGCACCAAGAAGAGAAGCCUGAGCAGAGCCCUGAUCUGCUGCCCCUUGUCCUUGAUCCUCUGGAGCACGCAUGGCUGCUGACGGUGGCCGAGGGUGAUGCAGACAGCAUCAUCAAACUGCUGGAUCUGGAUCCCAGCCUGCUGACCAGGAGAGACUUUGUGACAGGAUUCACCGCUCUCCACUGGCUUGCCAAGCAUGGCCACCAUGAGAGCUUCAUCCAGGUCAUCUCCCAUGCCCAGAAGAAAGGCUAUCCUGUCAACAUGAACAUCCCCACAGCCAGCGGUGGGCUCACCCCUUUGCACCUGGCUGCCUUGCAAGGACACGAGGUGCUCAUCAAGUUGCUGGUGGGAGCUUAUGGGGCAGACACCACCUGCAGGGACCACAAUGGGCGCAAGGCUUGGCAAUACCUGCCGGCAGACACCUCCAGAGACCUGAAGGAGCUGGCAGGGGCCUUGGAGGAGGACUUGGUCCAGCUGCACUCUCACAACACCAACAACAACUGUAAGUCAUCCAGAGAGGCUGGGGCAGGGCAGGACUCUGUGGACUCUGGGGCCAAGGGAAAAGCCGAGCACUCCUGGAGCCUGUCGACCCUCCGAGGCUUUGUUAGACAGGCAUUUGCUUUCUUCCAUGAGCACUGAAGCUCUCCUGGCUCCAUUCACCAGUAAACCCAUGCUGGACGGCAGCUGGAAAAGCCUGCAGGGAGCCGGGAACUUGGGUGCCCAAAAUCCUGGCCAAGUGAGGGUUAAGCCAUGGCACCAUGGCCACCCCAGGUCUUGUGGUCUUUUAGAGCUGUUCUGGUGUGUGUGUGGAACACCAUGGCCACUGGGAGCAGUCGCUUGAGAGAGCCCUUCCAAAAACUGCAGAGGGGGUUUUGCCCCAUGCCCCCGUGGGUGGUGACUCCUUGCUGCAUCCCAGCAGAUCCCCGAGGUCGGGGCUCACAUAUCAGCUCUGCUCUGGGGAACUGCUCCAACACCUCAUGUGCUCACAGGAGACCCACCAUGUGUGGAUCUGCAAAUGCUUUCCAGCUCCCUGUGAGAUCCCCUGAUCUCUGCCACAUGCACCUUCUCUGGGUUGAUGUUUGUUUAUGACAGCUGAUUAUAAAGAUGAUUCUCAACAGAGUAAGAGCUAAGGGACCUGUUUGUGAAGAAGAGUCCAGGCCAAGAGAAGCCUUUCACUCACAAUGGCACCCUUCCCUUGAAAUCCCCAUCCCUGAAAUGGGAUUUCAGGAAUUCCUGAAUUCCUUCAGGAAACCUGAAAUGCUCAGCCUCUUUAGGAAUGGGGGCCAGAGCAAAGGAGGCAGGAAGGACACAAGGGAGGCAGCAUGUGGUGGCUCCUGUGAGGAUUAGAGUUCCGGAACAGCUCUGGAAAGAUGAUUCAUUCUCAGAAAUUGUGGAAAAGGUAUGUGAAGGCUGCGAGACUGAGAUUAUCUUUAUUGCUACUGAGGGCAUGCUCAAAAAUGAAACUCAUGAACAUCGCUGCGGUGACAUAACAGUGCAUGUAUGUCUCUGUCACUACAUUAAAAGGGCAAAGCCUCUGCUCGCCUGAUUGUGU